CAGUUAACUUCGAUCAAACAUUUAGCAAGUAUUUCACUAGGUUUCGAACCCCUUGCCUGUCUGUGGUUCACUGGUACAUCACGCACAUUCAGACGUCAAGUGAUCGCAUUAUAACAAUGCCAAUAUUACUGCACAAACAACUAACUGAAUGCGGUAACUUAAGUCUCUCUCUAUAGAUCUAAGUUUUUGCGAUCCUCGACACAAUGGCGGGAAGCCCUUCAUCAAAACAUCACGUGGUCCCAAGUAUAAAAGAAAUUCGUGAGAGAAUCAUUGGAUUGGAGAGUCCAUUUUCUCAGCUUGACAUGGGUUUAUUUUCGGGAGCUCCAAAAGCUGCAGUUCUGUUGCCAUUGAUAUUGAAAGAUGACGACAUCUAUAUAAUGCUAACACAACGGUCUGAUAGGAUGACCCAUCAUAAAAGUACAGUUGCACUCCCAGGCGGAAUGGAGGAUCCGGAGGAUAAAGAUUCCAUUGAUACAGCUCUAAGAGAGGCAGAAGAGGAAAUCGGUCUUCCCAGACAUCUUGUCACAGUAUUGGGUAGUAUUACACCAAUCACAGCCCAUCCUGGCACUCUAGUGACACCUAUCGUGGGAAUAAUUCCAGAGGAUUUCAUACCAGUGCCAAAUGAACAGGAAGUAGCUCAUGUUUUCACGAUACCACUGUCGCGGUUUUUAACUACGGACAAUCAUAGAGUUAAAGAGACAACCUAUCAUAAGAUACCCAUAUAUAUACAUUAUUUUGACGACGAAGUGAACUCUCUUACAUUUACUACAUGGGGCGCAACUGCGUGGAUCUGCAUUCAAGCUGCUAUGGUACUCACAGUCAUAGUCUUACUCCUUAUCAGAGCUUUUCGGUUGGCGACGGGAACAGAAUGCGACGUUAAACUUGAUACAUCUAGUUGUGAUUUAACUGUGCGUGGAGGGGGAUUGAUUGGGGAGUACGAUGUCAACGUUAUUGUAUUCCAUACAUAUGGUUCCGAACAUACCAUCAAUGGGAAACAUUUCCCUAUUGAGAUGCACCUUGGCAACAGAAUCAAAUGGGGAAACCCCUUGUGUGCCAUAAUUUCAUAUGUUUCUGUGAUGUUUGAGAUAUCUCCAGGGGAUAACAAGAAAUGGACACGCUUCAUUAAAUCGAUAGAUUAUCCUGCUAGUAUUGAUCAAUUACGCAUACAACAGCUUCUACCAAGGAACAUGAACAGCUUUUACCGUUACUUUGGCAGUCCAACAUGCCCAUCUACCGCUCCCGACGGAAGUGUUCUGAAGCCUACAGAUGAAGUAGCAAUAUGGACAAUAUUCAAGGAUACUAUCAGCAUAUCUGAACGACAGUUGCGGGAUUUUCGAUCUAUAAUGGGGUAUGAUCCACACUACACUGCGACGCCUAAAGAUAUGUUGCCCCUCCAAGAUAUCAAUGGUAGAUCUACAUACGAGGCAUGUGACCAAGACAAAUUCUGCAAUUUGGGGAACGAUAAUAAAGAUACAAACCUGGACAACGCUAGUAAAAUGUGUGACUAUUUCAUCAAAGGAAGGGUUUUUGACAAGUGUGGAUCGGCAAAAUUGCAUCUGGAGGAAAACUCAGGUAUGACUGAAAUUGGACAAGAUCUUAUAAUGUUACAGUUUCCAUAUAACCUAACAUAUGAAGACAAUUCAAAUUGGAAAUUCCUCAUUGAUGUAUUAGACCAAGCAAAACGAGAUGGUAGUGUUGUAGACCUGGAAAUGUUUUCACUUCGCUCCUUGCUGCCAGACAACAUGCAUGAUUUUACAAGCUCCUUUGGUAAUCAAAAUGAUUCUCUCUACUCUGAGUCUGCCAGAUGGUUGGUCUUCGCUACACCUAUUGGUAUUUCAGAGUCUCAAAUGGACAAGAUCAGCAGUGUAAUUAAAUAGAUCAAAACAUUGGACGAUUUAUUAAGUUGGAUUAUCGUAGAGUCAAUGUAAUGCAUGUUAUUUAAAACAGAAUCUACAAAAAAG